AUGACUUACAAGAGCAACUACGAGCCUUACACCAGCCAGAGUCUGGACAUUGACCGACAACGCUCUCCCGAGGAGAUCCUCUACCCACUGGGAUCACUGUACCCUCAUGUGGUCGCCCUUCAAUUGCAAUCCGAUGAGAACCCAUGGGCCAAGGCCCGCCACCUCGCAGACUAUCCGGAUACAUGCUACUGGACCGAUAUGUCUUAUCCGUCCACCCCGGAGCAUUUUUCGUCUAAGCCCAGUGGCCGCCGAUACAGUGACUCCACUGCCGGCCGCUUUGUUUCGCGUAUUCGUCGCUUUUUGAGCCGAGACGAGCUGCGCCGACGCCAGCGACAUGCCUGA